AAAAAGCUACACCCUCAGUAAUGUAAAGACCGCUUUCAGUGGAGCAUGGUUGGUGCAGCAGCCUCUGACACUGGACUAUACCGGAUUAUUCUCCUGGUUGAUUUAUUUUAGGACUACAAGUAAUGUAUUGGAAAAGUGAACUAAUGUUGGCUUGCUCCAAGGUGGACGAUAUUGAAAAUGGGUUCAACUCAAUUUCCAACAGCACGGGCACCUCGGAAGACAUUUUUGAAGACGAGUCAUAUUCACCGUCUUCGUCUUUGUCGUCAUCCUCGACACUGCAGACGAUGGCAUCAGCCUCUCUGGGGAAAAGCCUUUGUGCAAGUUGUGGUUUGGAGAUAGUUGACAAAUACCUGCUCAAGGUGAACAACUUGUGCUGGCACGUGAAGUGCCUCUCGUGCAGCGUGUGCCAAACUCCUCUUGGAAGGCAUGUCAGUUGUUACAUCAAAGAGAAAGAGGUUUUCUGCAAACUCGACUACUUCAGGAAGUAUGGAACUCGCUGUGCCCGCUGUGGCAGGAACAUCCACUCCAACGACUGGGUAAGAAGGGCGAAGGGCAACACCUACCACCUGGCCUGCUUUGCCUGCUUCUCCUGCAAGCGCCAGCUCUCCACGGGGGAAGAGUUUGCCCUGGUGGAGGAGAGGGUGCUGUGCCGCAUCCACUACGACUGCAUGCUGGACAACCUGAAACGGGCCAUGGAAAGUGGAAAAGGUGUGAAUGUAGAGGGAGCCCUACCGUCAGAGCAGGAAGAGUCCCAGGCCAAACCAACUAAGAGGGCUCGCACUAGCUUCACUGCAGACCAGCUACAGGUGAUGCAGGCUCAGUUUGCUCAGGACAACAACCCUGAUGCUCAGACCCUCCAGAAACUGGCAGAGAGGACUGGUCUCAGUCGCAGGGUCAUCCAGGUUUGGUUCCAGAACUGCCGAGCUCGUCAUAAGAAGCACGUGAGCCCCAACCACCACAUGUCGUCCGCAGCAAUGUCAUCACUGCAGCAGUCCAGGCUUUCUCCGCCUCUCCUGGAUGAUCUCCAGUACACGGCUUACAUACCAACAGACACACCCAUGCACACGCCCAUGCUUACCGCACUACACACAUACAUGGAUGGUGAGCAAAGUCGGCACUUGGAGAUCACAGUGCACUCUCCAUCCUCACUGGUGUUCCAGCCUAUUAUGUCCCAUUCCAUGACACAGCUGCCAAUCAGCCAUGCCUGAUCGUUAUAUUCCACCCCCUGCAGAACCGGGUCAGAAUGCUGCGGAGCGAUACUCACCGUCCAUCAAAGGGCGUGGGGCACCUACAUUAAAUUAUUUGUUGAGGGUUUAUCGAAGGAGUUACAAUGGUCAGAAUUUAAUGUCUAAACUUUUUGUUAAUAUAUAUAGUAUCUAUAUUGGUUAUGAAAUUUCAUAUUUAAUUUAUUUGAUGCAUGUGACAGCACUUUGUUUAAAGUAAUGAAAUUAUUUGAUAUCUUAGUUUCUGUUUUGUCGCUGAUUA